AUGUCAGGUAGAAGAAGAGCAUACCCACAACCCCAGUAUGCAGCUGGUGCGCCAGGUGGUGCAGCAACUCCGCCGGCAUUUGGUCAACCUCCACAACCUCAAGGUCAAUAUCAACAACCAAUGAAUGGACAACAACCAUACGGCGCCGAUCAAUUGCAAAAUCAAUUUCAGCAAUUGAAUGUUGGUGCUACUAAUCCAGCUUAUCAGCAACCAGGAGCAGAUCAAUUUCAAGCCACUCCACAGUUAAGCUACGAUCCAUACCAUCCUCAGCCACAAGCUGGCGUUUAUGGUCAAGGUAUGGGUGGAGUUCCACCAUCAGCGGCAGCAGGAGGGGCAGCACCUGCCGCUCCAGCAAGUGGCGUGUCAGGGUAUGGAGGCGCAUAUGGGCAACCAAACAAUAUUGCCGCCGGUAUACAAUACAAUGCGUUGUACACCACUGACUUGUCUCGUGAUUUACCUCCUCCAAUUGUUGAGUUAUCUUUUCAACCACCACCAAUUACUUUACCUGAUACAACAACCUUGAUUCCUGGAUCAAAAACAGCAAACGCCAGCCCAGAAUAUUUUAGAUCCACUUUGAAUGUUGUGCCCAAUAGUGGAUCACUUUUGAAAAAAUCAAAGUUACCAUUGGCAAUAGUUGUCAAGCCAUACAAUGCAUUGAAAAUUGAGGAUGAGAAUGUUCCUGUGACAUGUGAUACUACAAUUAGUAGAUGUCGCCGUUGUCGUGGUUACAUAAAUCCGUUUGUGACGUUGGCCGAGAAUGGAAGGCGUUGGAGAUGUAACUUUUGUAACUUGCUCAAUGAUAUUCCAAGUGCUUUUGAUUAUGACGAGAUUAGUGGACAGGUGAGAAACAAAUUUGACAGAGUUGAGUUGAACCAUGCAGUUGUUGAAUUUAUUGCACCAAAAGAGUAUAUGGCCAGAGUUCCACAACCAAUCGUUUAUGUCUUCAUCAUUGAUGUUUCUGUUCAUGCUGUGCAGAGUGGAUUAACAGGCACCAUUACCAGGACCAUUCUUGAAAGUUUAGACAGAAUCCCCAACGUCAACAAGACUGCUAGAGUCGCAUUCAUUGGGGUAGAUUCAAACUUGCAUUAUAUCAAAUUCAAUGAAGGUUUGGAAGGUACCGAAGUGUUAGUAGUUGCUGAUACCGAAGAACCAUUCUUACCAUCUCCUAGUGGCUUAUUGGUCAACUUGGAUGAGAAUCGAGAACCCAUUGAGAAGUUAUUGCUCGACUUUCCCUCCUUUUUCGAAAGCACCACAAAUCAAGGUUUUGCCCUUGGCCCUGCAUUAAAGGCAGGUCACAAGUUGAUAAGUAAUGUUGGUGGUAAAUUAGUCUGCUUUGGUGCCACUUUACCCAACGUUGGUGAAGGUAAAUUAAGUUUAAGGGACGAGGCUAGUGUUGCCGGAAAGGCUAAAGAGGCAAAGGCAUUGUUAACCCCAGCCGACAGCUUCUACAAAUCGUUCGCCGUUACUUGUAACUCAUCUCAAGUGACUGUGGAUUUGUUUUUGACAUCCGCUGGGUACCAAGAUGUGGCUACAUUGUCCAACUUGCCAAGAUACACUGCCGGCCAAACUCACUUUUAUCCUGCGUGGACCAGUAACAAAUAUGAAGAUGUUGCCAAGUUAUCCAAAGAAGUAGGCGACCAUUUGUCUCAGGAUAUUGCGUUGGAAGCAGUAUUGAGAGUCAGAGGCUCUACGGGAAUGAGAAUGUCAUCAUUUUAUGGUAAUUUCUUCAACAGGUCUUCAGAUUUGUGUUCUUUCCCAACUUUUCCAAGAGACCAAUCAUACCUUAUUGAGGUUGCAAUUGAAGAGACUAUAAAUAAACCAAUUGUUUGCUUCCAAGCAGCUGUGUUGCACUCUACAUCAUUCGGUGAGAGGAGAAUCAGAGUGAUGAACUUGGCUUUGCCAACAUCAUCCAAAUUGGUGGAUGUAUAUGCAUCUGCUGAUCAAUUAGCAAUAACAAACUACUUUACUCACAAAGCCAUCGAAAAGGCAUUAUCUUCAUCCUUACCUGAAGCAAGAGACUUUAUCACCUCAAAGGUGGUUGAUAUAUUAAAUGUGUACAGAAAAGAAUUGGUUGCGGGAAAUGUUUCUGGUGCAUCUCCGUUACAAAUAUCAACAAACUUAAGAAUGUUGCCAUUAUUGUUGUUGUGUUUGACCAAAAACUUGGCUUUCAGGAGCGAUCGCGUUCCGUCUGACCACAGAGCUGCUGCUUUGAACAAUUUAGGUUCAUUACCUAUCCCUCAUUUAAUAAACUCGAUCUAUCCUACUGUGUAUUCGUUGCACAACAUGCCUGAUGCUUGUGGGUUGGAAGAUACUGAAACUGAUGUCGUGUUGCCCGAACCAAUCAAUGACACAAAGACUUCUUGGGAGAAUUACGGAUUGUAUUUGAUUGACAAUGGUAGUGAGUUGUUCCUUUGGGUUUCAGGAAAUGUGGUUCCGGGAUUGAUUCAUGAUGUGUUUGGAACAGAAAACUUGUAUGAAAUCACCACUGGUAAAACAGAAUUGCCAGAAUAUUCGAUUGAGGAAAGUGAAUUCAACUAUAGGGUUCGUCAAAUAAUCAACAAAAUUAGGGAGCAAAAAGACUCUGUUAUUUGGAAGAACUUGUACGUGGUUGUUGGUGCUUCAUCAAAUGAGCCUAUUGAGAUUUCGCAACAACGUGAUCUCAUGGCUUUGAGAAUGUGGGCAUCGAGUUGCUUGGUUGAGGAUAAGACUGGUUCUGAGCCAUCUUAUAGAGAUUUCUUGACAUCAUUAAAGACAAAGGUUCAAUAA